AAAUUUAUCACCUCGGUAAACUUUUAAGUGUAUCCACAAACUAAUGUUUACUUCACAUGCAAAUGCUCUUAUGUGAUUCGUUUUUAUUGAAAAUUGGAAAAAUUACUCACAAAUAUUCAAAACUAAUCUAGAAAAAACAAUUAAAUUAUCAUUACUCCAUUUUCCAUGAUCAUGAUGGACGUCUAAGAGAAGAAUAAAGAUUAUAGAGAAGAACAAAAAAAGACGAAUAAAGAUUGCAACAGUUGCUGGUGGAAGCAAUUAAGACAUGAGCACUCAGUCUCGUGCUCUCAUUCAACAGAAACACUCUCAAUCAUGUGAUAACUCUAAUGUCUAACCAUGUUAAAAGAGUAUAGAAUUUAUUGUAAGAGUAAUAAUAUAUGAAUUGACUUGUUGAGUUUGUUAUAAAAUAAACAAAAAUAUGCAACAUUUCAAAAAUUAAAAGUUAUAAAAUGAGUCAAUAUCUCACCUUUCAUUUCUUUUGGAACAAGGUCAAAGUAGAGUCCGGAUAGUUCGUGUUAAGUUGGAUCAUUAGAUUGAAUCGGGCAAUAAAUAUUUAUCAAAUAAUAAAAUUGAUAAAUUGAAUAUCCUUUGUGUGCAACUUCAAAUACUAAUUUCUCUAGUCGGUUAAGACAACAAUAAACAAGAAAAAAAAUUAUCAAAGAGUUUUACAAAAAUCUAAUUUUAAACAAUCUUGACUGUUAAUUAAAAUCAAACAGAUGAAAUCAGAAACCACGUCACUAUUUCCUCAAUAUAUAAUCUUAGACUCUUCUUUUCAAAUCACAAGAAACACUCCACUUUCCUUCUAUUCACUCACUUCAUCACCAUGUCAUUAUCAAUUACCCUUUUCCUCUAUAUUCUCUUCUUCCCUUCCUUUAUGAGUUGCCAACAUGAUCCUAACAAAACAUCAACCUUAAAGCCUAUUCUCCCAACACAAUCAUCUCAUCCAACAACAUUAACAAUCCCUUCAUUCCAAGAUCAAUCUUUUGUUAAAGGGUGUCCUUUAUCCCUCUCAAAUGAUCUCUUUGAUGGCAUAAAAAGUGCAUGUAGUUCAACAAAAGACGAAUUCCAUCGUCGUCAUUGUUGUCCUGUUCUUGCAGCAUGGUUGUACUCUUCUUACUCUUCCAUUGCCCUUGGAGAGUUAGGACAUAGUUUGUCGUGGUCGUCGUCGUCUGACUUGCCUUUGGUGCCGGAUGACUCAGAAACAUGUGUGAAUGGUUUGGAAAAGGCAUUGAAAUUGAGAGGAAUUGAGAUGAUUAAGCCAAAUGAGAGUUGUGAUUUAGUUUACUGUUAUUGUGGAAUUAGGCUGCACCCUUUUAGCUGUUCUGAUGCAUUUUCUGUUACUAAAAGUGGAGAACUUGUUGGUGAUGAAAGUGUGAGAAUGUUGGAAAAAAAUUGUUUGAUUAGUAGCAAAACUUUCAAGGGAUUUUCAGGUCUUGAAGGGUGUUCUAAGUGCUUGAAUAAUCUCUAUUUGCUUAACAAAAAGACUUCAAAUUCAAGCAAAAUUGAAGAUAGGACCACAAAGAUUCACAACAAAGAUUGUGAAUUAAUGGGUUUGACAUGGCUUCUAUCGAAGAAUCGGACGGCUUAUAUUCACACGGUUUCUGACGUUCUUCGCGCUUUAUUGUGGAGCACCAAUGGCUCUAAACCAAAAUCAUGCACUCUAAAUAGUGAUGGAAUGCCUCUAGCUGUUGAUUCAUCUGAAAUUUAUUAUCAUUCUUCAUCACUCAACCUUCAACCAACUAUGUCUCUUUCUUUGUUAUUAUUAAUUUGUUUGGUACUAUGUAUGCAUGUUAUUGUGCUAAUCUCGUAACUCAAAUUAGAACAAAAAUAUAUUGAUCUCAAAUAUGAUAUUUUUUAGAUUUUUGUCCCUCUUUUUGGUGCUUAGGAAUGCAAGUUUUUGUUGUUAUUGAGAUUAAGAUUAUUGUAAGGUAUUUGAUAUAAAAGAGAAAUGCUACUAAUAUAGUCUCUAA